UUGCAACUGACACGCUUGAUGGAACGCAGUGAUCAUCUGGGGGAUGAAUCCAGGAAUCAUGCAUGUCUUAUUUAGAUUAAUCGUUUUCUUUUACGUGUGGGGCAUUUUUACUGCUCAGGGACAAAAGGCAGAGGAGAGCACAGAGGAAGUGAAAAUAGAAGUUUUGCAUCGUCCAGAAAAUUGUUCUAAGACAAGCAAAAAGGGAGACCUGCUAAAUGCCCAUUACGACGGCUUCUUGGCUAAAGACGGCUCGAAAUUCUACUGCAGCCGGACACAAAAUGAAGGCCACCCCAAAUGGUUUGUUCUUGGUGUUGGACAAGUCAUAAAAGGCCUAGACAUUGGGAUGAUGGAUAUGUGUCCUGGAGAGAAGCGAAAAUUGAUUAUACCUCCUUCAUUUGCAUAUGGAAAGGAAGGCUAUGCAGAAGGCAAGAUUCCACCUGAUGCAACAUUGAUUUUUGAGAUUGAACUUUAUGCUGUGACCAAAGGACCACGAAGCGUUGAAACAUUUAAACAGAUAGACAUGGACAAUGACAGGCAACUUUCUAAAACUGAGAUAAGUCAUUACCUGAAAAAGGAAUUUGAAAAAGACGAGAAGCCACGUGACAAGUCGUAUCAGACUGCAGUUUUAGAGGAUUUUUUUAAGAAGAACGACCAUGAUGGGGAUGGCUUCAUUUCUUCUAAGGAAUACAAUGUCUAUCAACAUGAUGAACUAUAGCAUAUUUUUAUUUCUAAAUUUUCUUAGCUAUUUACUGUACUUUAUAUGUAAUACAAAGUCACUUUUCUCUGCGUUGUA